CCUGUGAGCGCUGGAGCGCGUUCCCGCGGCCCCUGGAGCGACCCGCACGCCCUCCCCGGGGGACGCGCGGCCGUGUGCGGGCUGCAGGGGCGCCCGUGUCCUCGCGGUUGCUCCCUGGACCCCUUCUCCAAGUCCGGCCCAAACGCCCCCCUCUCGCACUGUAGCCCCAGCCCGGGGCCCUCUGCUCACCGCCGUGGGGGGAGUUUGAGGGAGACCUGAGUGGCCAAGCUGGGGGCCCAGUGUCCCCCCCAAGGCACCGCUGCUGGCGUCCGCUGAGCGCUGAGCUGGUGUUCCCGGCACCGAAACGGGCUCGGAGAGAGGCUGACUUGCCAAGGCACACCCACCCUCAGCAGGUGCCUGGCCUCAGGCCCGGCACCCAGCCAUGCGCUGCCACAGACUGGCCCUGGGCCUGGGGCUCUGCCUGCUUGUGGGCAUGGCCCUCUGCGCUCUGUGGGUGUAUGUCGAGAAGUGGCUGCCAUUCUCCUAUGUCCCCUAUUACCUCCCCUGCCCAGAGAUCUUCAACAUGAAGCUGCAGUACAGGGGGGAGAAGCCAUUCCAGCCUGUGGCACAGUCACAGUACCCUCAGCCCAAGCUGCUGGAGCAGAGGCCCACAGAGCUGCUGACGCUCACGCCCUGGUUGGCACCCAUCGUCUCUGAGGGAACCUUCAACCUGGAGCUUUUGCAGCACAUCUACCAGCCACUGAACCUGACCAUUGGGCUCACGGUGUUCGCUGUGGGGAGGUACACCCGCUUUGCCCAGCACUUCCUGGAGUCGGCGGAGCAGUUCUUCAUGCGCGGCUACCGCGUGUGCUACUAUGUCUUCACUGACGACCCCGCGGCCGUCCCCCAGGUCCCCCUGGGCCCCGGCCGCAGCCUCAGCGUCAUCCCCAUCCGGAGGCACCCCCGCUGGGAGGAGAUCUCCAUGCGCCGGAUGGCGACCAUCAGCCAGCACAUCGCGCAGCGCGCGCACCGGGAGGUGGACUACCUCUUCUGCGUGGACGUGGACAUGGUGUUCCGGAACCCCUGGGGCCCUGAGACCUUGGGAGACCUGGUGGCCGCCAUCCACCCGGGCUACUACGCAGCACCCCGCCAGGAGUUCCCCUAUGAGCGCAGGCUGGUUUCUACUGCCUUUGUGGCGGCCGGCGAGGGAGAUUUCUAUUACGGUGGGGCGGUCUUUGGGGGACGGGUGGACAGGGUGUACGAGUUUACCAAGGGCUGCCACAUGGCCAUCCUGGCGGACAAGGCCAACGGCAUCAUGGCAGCCUGGCAGGAGGAGAGCCACCUGAACCGCCGCUUCAUCUCGCACAAGCCCACCAAAGUGCUGUCCCCUGAGUACCUCUGGGAUGACAGGAAGCCCCAGCCACCUAGCCUGAAGCUGAUCCGCUUUUCUACACUGGACAAGAACACCAACUGGCUGCGGAGCUGACAGUAGAGUUGGGGCUGCCAUGGGCAGGGACCCAAGCCCUGCAGCCAGCUUCCCCCACUGGAGCACCCUGCUCACCCCAGCGGAGCACUCAGCUUGUACCAGUCAGUGCCUCACUUCUCAAGCCUUAGCUGAGACCUGCCCUGUCCUGCCUACCUCUCUGUCAAGAAAAUCCAACUGGAAAGCAGAUGUGGAAGAGCCUUUAUAAACUGUAAAGGGCUGUGCCCACAUGAAAAUGCAAAGGUCAAAUGUUGCCCAAGAGAAGGAGGGCCCAGAGGCUCCCCAGCAGAUGUGCCUUCAUGCCUUUGGGGCAGCUGUCAUCUGCCCUACUCAGUGCCUGCAUUCCCACCCCUGCCCCCUUUUGUUGCCCGUUGCCCUUCAAGUUGCACUUGUCACUGCUGGUUGUGAAAGGCAUCCAGGUCCGCUUUUCUCUGGCUGCAGGGCUCCCAGUACAGUGAUGUCCCCCAGCCAGAUGGACCCAACUCCUCACUCAGGACCCUGGAGUGAGCCUGUGGAAUGGCUCUCUCUGGUUUCCAGUCCAGCUGCACCCAUGGCGGCCACCCUCCCUGGCACUUGCCACUUUGUAAGAAGGUUGGGGCAGCUUUAAUAAAGGUGGCAUGUGCUAGCCCCUGACCAGGGUUUUUCCACCUGUA